AUGUCCUUGUUUUUCAGAAAGUAUCAGUGCACAUCCUGUACGGAGAACUUUCACAGCGAAGAAGAAAGAGACAUGCAUUGCAUACAGGAAGGACAUACCCAUGCUCAUGGGAUGAAAUUUUCACCAUACUGUGAGCUUUACGUCAGCCUACUUCUGAAAGAUGCUGAGUAUGCAGCUUGUCAUGGGAUCGAAGCUGUUGUUGAACAGCGAACUAAAGCGAAUUUGGCCAUGCUUAGUCACAGGCUUCCAGAAUCUACUCAUGAAUCGUCGCCUUCUGAAACUUUUGAAUUGUUCCGUUACAGUGAUAUUCCAAUGAAAAAGUCAUAUUCAAGCGCAUGCGAAUGUGAAAGUCAUGUCAAGAUCCCUUCUGCUGAAGAUAACAAAGAAAACAAGAAGAAAAAGGAGACAAAAGAAGCAAUUCCCUCAAGUAAAUCGGUCGAAAAGGAGACACCGAAGACCGAAAAAGAUGAUGAACAGAACAGUGGCGCUCCUCCAGGACGUGAUCAACUUCGUGCAAGAAACACGGUAUCAGAAGAGAAAGGAGAGAAAUCACGGUAUCCAACGAGAAGCCAUUCUGAACCUACUGAUGCUAACUCUAAGGCAGAUAUGUCAGGAGAGGGCGAUUGA